CUGUUAUAGAGGUGUUUGCUGUGUAUGUGUCCGUGUUUUGACCCUUUUUUUUCCAACAAACUGCAAAAAUCCCGUUUAAUCGCGGUCAUCCCCACGUUUUUCCGUUAGUUUCGCGUACGGGAAGUUUAAGUAUACCCCCCGGGACAUGGCGGAAGCGGACAAAUUAAACAUAGACAGUAUUAUAGCCCGAUUACUCGAAGUAAGAGGAGCGAGACCUGGCAAAAAUGUACAACUCACCGAAAGCGAAAUAAAAAGUUUGUGUUUGAAAUCCAGAGAAAUCUUCCUGAGUCAACCGAUUUUAUUAGAAUUAGAGGCACCUUUAAAAAUAUGCGGUGAUAUUCACGGUCAAUACUACGAUCUUUUGCGUUUAUUCGAAUACGGAGGAUUCCCGCCGGAAUCGAAUUAUCUUUUCUUAGGGGAUUACGUGGAUCGGGGAAAGCAAUCUCUCGAAACGAUCUGUUUGUUGCUUGCGUACAAGAUUAAGUACCCUGAGAACUUUUUUUUGUUGCGCGGGAACCACGAGUGCGCCUCCAUCAAUCGUAUUUAUGGGUUUUACGACGAGUGCAAACGCCGUUACAACAUUAAACUUUGGAAAACGUUCACUGAUUGCUUUAAUUGUUUGCCGGUGGCGGCUAUCGUCGAUGAAAAAAUUUUCUGUUGUCAUGGUGGGUUAAGUCCCGAUUUACAAAGUAUGGAACAGAUUCGGCGUAUUAUGCGACCCACAGAUGUUCCAGAUCAAGGGUUAUUGUGCGAUCUGUUAUGGUCUGAUCCGGAUAAGGAUACUACAGGAUGGGGGGAGAAUGAUCGAGGUGUUAGUUUCACUUUUGGAGCUGAAGUAGUUGGAAAAUUCUUGCACAAACACGAUUUCGAUCUGAUAUGUCGUGCUCAUCAAGUCGUCGAAGAUGGUUACGAAUUUUUCGCUAAACGUCAAUUGGUAACAUUGUUUAGUGCCCCAAAUUAUUGCGGUGAAUUUGAUAAUGCAGGAGCAAUGAUGUCGGUGGAUGAUACGCUGAUGUGCAGCUUUCAAAUAUUGAAGCCAGCGGAUAAACGGAAGUUCCAAUACGGAGGGUUGAACGCGAGUCGGCCUGUGACGCCACCUCGCGCCACCACGAAUAAAAACAAGAAAAAGUGAAGUAAAUUAUUCUUAAAUUAGGUUUACGACGUACUUUCUAACGGUAGUAAGAGUUAUUAUUAAUAAUAAAAUAAAAAAAAUGAAUAAUAGGGGCGCCGUGAGUGCGAGGUACGAUAAUUAUUAUUAUUAUUAAAAGAAGUAACACAAUUACAAAGACAAGAAAUAAGUAAAAAAUAAAGUACAUAAAUUAAUAAAAAUAAGUUUGUUCGCCCCCCUGGCGGUUAGAAAUCUCGUAAGAAUCCCUCGUGCCGCGAAUCCGCCCCGUUAAGUUCCCCCCAAAACCCCAACGUCCCUCGUCGUUUCUUUUUUCCUUUUCUACCUUCUUAAAUAAAUGAAGAUUCCCGAAACGUUUUUCGUUAGUUAUUUUUAUUAAUAUUAUUAUGAUUUUUUCGUUUAUUUUACGAUCGAUUAAAUGAAUGAAAUGAUGUUGAAAACGUUUAUAUUUAAAAAAAAAAAUAAAAAAUUGUAAAACCGAUCCGUAAAGGAGUAUGUCCACGAACGUUCGAAGUAUAUAGAAUUAUAAAUUACGUAUGAUGACACAUUUGAUGAUAAUUUCGUUUGUAAUUUUAUUUUAUUUUUUUCUUUUUGUAAAUAAAUCAUUUUAUUAAAAUA